AUGCCGAUCCCUGAAUAUGGCGCCGCUCCCCUGGCCAAGACCUUCGUUCUAGUUCGAGGCCUAUCCCUGGUGUCUAUGGUGACGAUAAUUGGCUUAACGGCGAAUUUUGUCUCUCAGAUAGUAUCAUCGAACGUGGAGCCGCCACAAGAGAUCGUUGGAACACUUUCCGUUACCUGUCUGGCUGCCCUCUACUGCCUCAUCRGCAUACCUCUAUUCUACGCCCAGGCGAACCUGGGCCUACUCAUCAUGGCCGGAGUGGACGGACUACUUCUCCUCGCCUUCGUCGUUGUCUCCGUUGUAAUCGGCAGACCACUGUCCUUUCUCAACUGCAUGAUUAUCGACAACAAGGACGCAGCAACGAAUGCAAAGUCCGCUGUUGCUUUUACACAGGCGCUUGCGUCCAACAUCAAUCACUCGGGAAGCACGCUGAAUUUGCAGAACUGGGCUGGCAGCACCCGAGUCAAUUGCUACGAAACGAAGUCGAUUUGGGGUCUCUGCAUUGUAUUGUCAAUCUUAUUCAGCUGCUCUGCCUUUCUGCUGCCCACUUUGUGGUUCAAAGCGCGGAAGGCAGCUGGAUCUGGUGGAAAGUCGGCGGUGUAA